UUUAUUUUGGAAGAAUCAGUAUGAAUGAGGCUACUUCAACCGGUGAUAACAACCAGAACUUGAGCGUGAUCGUCAGUUCAAAGGAUGGUGCUUCUACUGGUGCGGAAUCUCCAAACUAUGCAGAAUUGAUAGAAAGAUUGACUCGUCAAUUGCGUAUCCUGGAGAGCGAAAAUCUGGAAAUUAUAGAAUCAUUCCCUCAACGCACUCGAUCCGUCACUGGAAAAUUGGAGGAACAUAAAGAAAAAUAUAGAAGAGCAGUUGACCAAAUGGAGGAGCUUAUCAAGCAAUGCCAACAUUUUAAAGUUGAUGCGAAUGAAAGAGCUCAAGAGAGUGAAAAACAGCUGUAUGAAUUGAGGACAAUUGCUGAUGCUCUUGAAAAUGAGAAUACCAUGCUGAGGGAUCGACUCAGAAAUAAGGAUGUUAUCAUUCGACAACUUCAGCAGAACGUUUCAACAGAACGUUCAAAAUGUACAAAUAUUAGAGCAGAAAGAGAUCGGUUAAAAGCUGAGCUUAGUCGAGAGGUCUAUUUAAAGAAUGAGUGUUUGGCAAGUAAUUUGGACAAAAAAUUACGACAAGCUAACAAGAAAAUUGGAGAAAUGCGGAAAGAAAACAAACGUUGGAUUAGAUUUGGAAAAAUUUACGAUGAUGUGUCUUUAUUUAAUAAUUCUGAAGCUGAAAUCUACAAUAAGAAUAUUGAAAAAGAAGGCAAUCAUUUUGAUGGUUUUAAUAAUAUCCAACAAAAGAAGUCGUCUUUAUCAUUCUUUAUUCCUCUUGAUGAGAAUUUUCGUUUAAACGAUAGAAAGGCUCAAGUUUUCAGAGAACGUUCUGAACAACGCUGUCGUGCAAUUGAAGAAGCUUCUCGCAAACGAGCAAUAAUAGUAGCUAAUCGACGUGCUGUAGCAUCUGACAUUUUAAAAGGAAAGCGUCAAUUAGAUGAUGAAGCAAAAAGAAUUCUUUUAAAAAAUACUUCUUCAAUUUGUGCAUUCCCUAAUUUAUUGCGUCAAAUGCGUGCUGCUUCAAAACGAAAAUUCAUGGAAUCUCCACUUCGUCGUAAAUUGGAAAAUGAAAGGCAAAAACAAAUUUAUCAGGAUAUAAAUAAAAUACUUGCUCAUGCUGGUGCUGGUGCUAUUAUCCGUUGA